GGUGAUUCCCGCGGGUUGGCUGGGCGGUGCUGUGGUUGCUCUCCGUAUUUCACUCAAAGUUUGACUUUGUCGGGUCGCAGUUUGCUCUGAUCGCUGCGAUCAGCCGCCAUCGUCUGGAGGAGUCUUGGCCCCCACCCCACACCCACACCCACAACCGGGGUGAUCGUGGCCGCUGCAGCGCCAGCUGCAAUAUAAAGACGCAAGGCAUCCCCGUCGCUUCCAGCCAUCAUUCCACGCUCAAUCGCUCAAUCGCUCAACCACCAGCAAUAAACAGUCCACAUUCACUCUUCCCGUCCGCGACUCCUCGCAGACCUGCCUGCUUUCUUCUCCUCCUUCCUUUCUUUCUUUCUUCCAAACAAUCCCUCCAACCUCGCAAUGAAGUUCCUCGCCUCCCUCGCUCUGCUCGCCUCCGCGGUGGCUGCCAGCCCCCUCGCCUCUCGCCAGGACAGCUCCAGCUCGACAUUCCACCUGAAGACGUCGGGCGCCUCGAACGACGACCACAACAACCUCUACGUGUACGCCUACCACACGGGGGCCGGGUUCAACGACGCCGUGCUCACGUCGGACGUGGGAACCGCCAGCCCGGCGUUCCUGAACGGCACGAAUACCCAGUUCGACCUUGGCACGCCCUUCCCCUGGGGCCUCAAGCCAUCGGUCCAGAACAACUACGGCGCGUGGGAGUCCGUCCAGAUUAACACGGGGUACGGCAGUGGGGGUUUCUCGGUCAAUGGCACCGACUUCGAGUGGUCGGCUGCGUCUGGCUUCGGGGGCUGGCUGGUCUGUGACUGGUACCACAACGCCCCCCAGCUGUUCUACAUCUACAGAUACACCCAGCCCACGAUCCCCUCCUCGUGCAGCCAGGUCGACCUGACAGCCGAGUAUGUUUCCUAAACGAGCGACCUGACAGUUCGACUACACUUCCUAAACGAGACCCCUCGCCACUUGGGGGUUCAUGACGCGCGUGGCGUGAGUGAUGAUUCAUAUGACAGGCGGGAGGUCACGCUGCUCCCGCCGGCACUGUAUCAGUAUCAGUAUCGUACAUUGACGGCAACGGUUAAUGCUAAUAUUUUAAUGAUUGAUGGGUUUGGUUCGAUGGCUAUGGCGCAUGGCACGAUAUUUGCACAGUAUUAUGGCAGACUUUUGGCAUCGUAUGUAACACUGUUUAUGACAACAUAUUUGGCACUAUUUGGCACAGUUCUGGCACAAUGUUUAUGGCACUGUAUGUGGCAUUGUUUAUGGUACAAUAUUUAUGGCGCAGUAUCUAUGUCAUCUAUGGCAUGCAUGUUCAUAAGCAGACGUUGGUAG